AUGUGUUUCAAUGUUGGUGUCAUUAUCGGUCCUGUCUUUGGUGGUAUGCUGGCGGAUCCACUGAAAAGUUAUCCUCAUCUAUUUGGCCCUGGCACUGUGCUUGGUGGGAAGGAUGGAGUGUGGUGGAUGGAGCGGUGGCCGUUUGCUUUGCCUAAUGUGCUCAGUGCGAUCUUCAUUUUUGUUUCUAUGAUUGCUGUCUUGCUUGGACUUGAUGAGACGCAUGAGUUUGCACGGCAUCGAAGCGACUGGGGUCGAAAGCUGGGUCGCACGUUGGCGAAGUCGAUGUCUUCACGGCGGCCUGGUCGGUAUUAUCGUCCGCUAAUUAGCCAUGCCGAUGAUGAGUCGUUAUAUAUCGAUGGAAGCGUGGCCAGCAGAUCGGCACCUUCUAGCCCAGUUCGAACUCGUAUUCGACCUCGUCAGAGACGCCUAGGAUUCCGUCAGAUAUGGACACCCAAUGUGCUACUUACAUUGCUGGCCCAUUUUCUGCUUUCAUUCCAUACCAGUGCGUUCAAUUCGAUGACCUUCACCUUUUUGCCGACCCCGCGAGCCCCGGAAAAGACCUGGGAAGGGUUCCACUUUGGAGGAGGGCUAGGAUUGCCCUCGUCCCGAGUCGGCCUUGCAACCGCCAUUAUCGGGGUCAUCGGUCUUCCGCUGCAGAUAUUUGUCUACCCUCAGGUUCAGUCCCGAUUGGGGACUCUGACCUCAUAUCGCACUUUCUUGCCAUUCUCGCCAGUGGCGUAUGCGCUGAUGCCAUUCUUGGUGCUGAUUCCGCGAUACCCAUGGUUGGUGUGGCCGGCCUUUACGAUCGUUGUUGGAUUGCAGGUCAUAUCGCGCACCUUUGCCCUGCCUGCCGCGAUUAUUCUCGUGAACAACAGCGUCACGGACCCUACGGUUCUCGGCACCGUGCACGGAUUUGCGCAGAGUAUAUCGAGCGGUGCUCGUACCCUCGGACCGAUGAUUGGUGGCUGGGGUCUGGGACUCGGGCUGAAGUACAACCUGGUCGGCGGCAUCUGGUGGGCUCUCGCCUUCGAAGCUCUGGUAGGAUGGAUGCUCCUUUGGUCGAUUUACGAGGGGAAAGGGAUUGAAAAGAACGUGGAGCGGACGGAGGAGUCGGAAGAUACUCGAUGA